CGGGAGGCAGGGCUCAGUCCCGGCGGCGGCGGCGGCGGGGCUUCCCCGACUCGCUGCCUGCCCGCCGCCGUGCCCGAGCCGCUCCUACUGCUGGGCUGCUGCCUGCGGCCGCAGGACCCGACCGAGCCGGGCCGAGGGGAGCGCGGGCGGCUGCUGGCGGCGGCCGAGAUGAUGGCGGAGGGCGGCGGCGGGCCGGCGCGCAGGAAGGCGCUGUCUCUGCUGGAGGCGGCCCGAUCCCGCUACGAGAGCCUGCAGAUCUCCGACGACGUCUUCGGGGAGUCGGGCCAAGAUAGCAGCGGGAACCCCUUCUACAGCACCUCGGCCGACUCCCGCUCCGCCGCCUCUUCCCAGGACGAGGAGGACGACGAGGAGGACGAGGGGCGCCCGGGAGCGCCAAGCCCGCGGGGCAGGGCGGCCCGGCGCCGCUCUCCCCGGGCGGCGGCCACCCCGGCGGAGCGGCGGCGGCAGCGGCAGGUCUGCGGCGGCAGCGCCGUCCCGGGCGGCCCCGGCCCUAUGGAGGAGGAGGAGGAGGAGGAAGCGGAGAAGGGGGGCUGGACCCGAUCGCUACGAGACGUCCCACCCCCUCCCUUCAAGGAUGGCAGCGGUCCAACACGAAAAAUGCCCCUGACUGCCAGUGCCAUGGACUUCUUUCAGCUCUUUGUCCCUGACAAUGUACUAAAGAAUAUGGUGGUCCAAACCAACAUGUAUGCCAAGAAGUACCAGGAGAGGUUUGGUAGUGACGAUGCCUGGAUUGACGUCACCUUGACAGAAAUGAAGGCCUUCUUAGGCUACAUGAUAUCAACCAGCAUCCACCACUGUGAGUCUGUUCUCAGUAUCUGGAGCAGCGGCUUCUACAGCAACAAAAGCAUUGCACUUAUCAUGACGCAAUCACGGUUUGAGAAGAUCCUGAAAUACUUCCACAUUGUGGCCUUCCGCUCGAGCCAGACAACGCAUGGCCUCUACAAAAUCCAGCCUUUUCUGGACUCUCUGCAGAAUGGCUUUGACUCUGCUUUUAGACCUUCACAAGCCCAGGUACUACAUGAGCCCCUCAUUGAUGAGGAUCCUGUUUUCAUUGCUACCUGCACAGAGAGGGAGCUGCGCAAGAGGAAAAAGAGGAAAUUCAGUCUCUGGGUUCGGCAGUGCUCAUCCACUGGUUUCAUCUGCCAGAUUUAUGUCCAUCUCAAAGAAGGGAGUGGUACCGAUGGGCUGGAUGCUUUAAAGAACAAACCGCAGCUUCACAGUAUGGUGGCUAAAAGCCUUUGUCAGAAUGCCUCUGGGAAGAACUACAUCAUCUUCACAGGCCCAAGCAUUACCAGCCUGAAUCUCUUUGAAGAAUUUGAGAAGCAAGAGAUUUACUGCUGUGGGUUGCUGAGCACCAGGAAGAGUGACUGCACAGGCCUACCUCCAUCCAUGCUGAACAAUUCUGAAACUCCACAGUCCAGAGGGCAGUACAGAAUAAGAAUGAAGGGAAACAUGUCCUUGAUCUGCUGGUACAAUAAAGGGCACUUUCGUUUUCUGACCAACGCCUAUUCACCGGUUCAACAAGGAGUCAUAAUUAAGAGAAAAAGUGGAGAAAUUCCAUGUCCAUUGGCAGUUGAAGCCUUUGCUGCUCACCUUAGCUAUAUCUGCAAAUAUGAUGACAAAUACAGCAAGUAUUUCAUUUCUCACAAACCAAACAAGACCUGGCAACAAGUAUUCUGGUUUGCCAUCAGCAUUGCCAUAAAUAAUGCCUACAUCCUCUACAAAAUGUCAGAGGCCUACCAUGUGACAAGGUACAGCCGUGCACAGUUUGGUGAGAGACUUGUAAAGGAGCUUCUGGGCUUGGAAGACACCUCACCCUCCCAUUGAUGCAUUGUUCCUGGUGGCGUAGGCAGAGGCUGAAGGGUAAGCAGAAGAUACCACAUCUGGAGCAGCAAAGCAAGGAACUUGUGACACCACCAGUGCUGUCAUCCAAAAAUGCCAAGUGAUGCCACUAGAGAGGUGGAAACUUUGUUCCUAAUAGCAGCUGGAUGUAGACAUGUUGUGCAGAAAGUGCCACUGGAAAAGCUGACACAAAAUUGCAUAUGUGAAUGCCCUGUGGGAAUCUGUACACCCAAAAAAGACUUAAACUAGUUGUCAUCUCAAUACUAUUUGUUGAACAGGGUCAUCUUGUAAAGUUACUCUUGGGCCAAGAGCUUGUCGUACGCUGGCAUAGCUCAGCAGUCCUAGACAGGUAUUAUGGAAAACUCUAUAGCGUACUUGGAGUUACUAAAUUCUGGGACAAGCAAUGUAAGUCUGCACCAUGGGCUGUGGCUGGGAGUGCCUGCCAUCCUGUAGGGCGUUGCUGCUGUCCUCCCAGUGUGAUAAACGGAGCAGUUCAGAUACAUGAACACUGAAGCAAGCAUAUUGACAAACAAAACCUUCACAGGCAGGCAGCCAGGAACUGAGGACCAGUCAAGAUUUUUUCUUUCUGUGUUUUUUUUCUUUUUCCUGUUUUUAUUAAUGUCACCUAAGGCAAUUUGAUCCCAGUUAGUACACAGAAAAAUUAGGAGAAACCAAAUACAUUAGUGAAUUUAAAAUGAAAAUACAUUAUAUUGAUUUUCUUUUUUAACCAGGACAAAACAUUUUAUACACAAACACACAGUGAUUAAUACUGUAAGUAUUAACAAUGAGUAAACCAUUAAGUAAUACUGCCUCACAUCUUAACUGCCACGGUCAGUGUACAGGUGAGAAAUCAGAGUAUAACAUCUGUAUUUUUUCUUGAUUUCAACUGUAUGUUAAAUGUUGCUUAAAAAGCUAAUCUAAUGGACUGUUAAGGUUUUAGGAACAGCAGUUUCUUGCUUUUUCCUUUGUAACUGUCAAGACUUUUUUGGUCCGGUUUAGAACUCUAUUUGACACACAGUUGGCAGGAAAAAAAUAAGUCACUAAUAGCCGUGUGUUUCCCAUUAUCACUGUGGUGUGUUCUGUAGGAAUUCUUUUAGUUAGAAUUCAGGGCUUGUUACAGUAGUUGUAAUUGAGCAGAUUACACGUUUAGCAAAAUAACAUAGCAUCGCGUUUUACAAAAAGAAGUCCAGUUGCAACCAGACCUUAAACCUCACUAAAAGAGAGCAAGCCCAAAGAGUUCUGUUCUUAGUAACACUGUAGAGGACAAGCAUCGUUGUGAGCUGGUGGCCAAGGCUGAAAUGCCACAUUUUGGUGCUGGUGGAAUCUGAAGGCUGCUGGAGCUUCAGAAAACAAUACCUAGAGAGAGAGGUAUGACUGAAACAAGGGAGAAUCGAUACUGAAGUGAAAUGCUACCCUGCCCUCUACACUUUGUUGAUUUCAGUCCACAACUCAAUCAGCAAAAAACUCCAUGUUCUAAAGGUUAGCAGUGACAAACACAAACAGAAUUGCAUUAACUUAUGGGGCAGAAACCAUGUUGCUUAGAGGACCACCUGGUUUUAGGUCCCCAAGCAUUUUACUGAAGAAUGACUUGAGUUGAUUCAAGAGGAAUGGAGUGAUCAACGGAUUUAUUGAUUUAUGAUUUACAAUCAUAAAUCACCAGGUUAUAUGUAUCUAUCUGGCAAGAGGCAAUAGAGGGUAACCAACAUGAAUUUGAAAAUUCCUGAGAUUUCAUCAUUAUGCUAUGUGCAAAUGCACAGCAUGUAAAUAAUGAGAAAGAAUCGAGCAGGGGUUAGUAAAUUAAUGACUAGCCCAUAGAGUAUCUUUGCACUGAUACCUUUCUGUUUCCACCCAGCAGAGAUGGGAUGGUUUGCAAGACCACCUCAGAGCCACUUGGCAUUUCUGAGGAGUAGGCAGAGCACUCUCCAGCUGUAUUGUGGGCCCCCGGGGUAAACCUGGAGCCCUUGGCCAAUUGUUAAAUUACUAUGUAUGCUUAAAGGCCUGGAUCUAGGCCACCCCAUACAGAAAAUGCCUUUUCUUUUUCAGGUGAAAGUAGGUCUGAGGCCUUGGAAUAUUUAAUUUUUCACUAAUGUAUGCUGUUAAUUAUGUGGAUUACUUGAGCUCAAAUCAUGAGGUCCUAGCUUUUUGCCUCAGGGACUGGGUCCUGAGUAGUUUUCCCUAGAAUUGGUGUUGACGGGGGAUUACACAGUGGCUGACUAUUACAGGGAAGAUGCUUUAGUCUCCUUUGUAAAGGAGAAAAAUGAAAACAAAAUUAUAGCUUUGCAAUGAAUUUCAUUUUCUUAGCCUUAACCAUCCCUCAUCAUUUUGAACUGGUGUUCUAAACAUGCACAAACAUUCCAUAAGUAAGCAAAAAUAUUUAUAUAUAUUUAUAUGUACAAAAUGCUUGAAUUUUGGCUCUUGAAGCCAACAAGCAAAAGUCACCAAAGCAUAGCCUAGAUCUAUGGAUGACUCUUCCCCCUCAUCUUUUCUUUUUAUUGACUGGAAGUGGAUAGGGUUGGGGAAAGUUAGGAUUUCUGCUUGUUGAAAAAGCAUCUUGCACUUUCUCUGUUACUACAAACAAGACAAAGUAAUUAAGGAAGAAAUUGAAUAAUUUUUAAAAGGCUAAAGUUUGUUAACUGCAGCUCAGCCUCUGUAACAUUUCGUUUACUGCAAACUGGCUUUCUCAGAUUUGGUUCCCCACCUGCUCAUAAUAUUAAAGCUUCUCCCUAGUUAAAGGGCGGGGGGAGGGAGGGGAAGUUAGUCUCAAAGUAGUGCAAGGAUGCUAGUUAUAGUGUGUGUGUCUAAUUGUGCAAUGACUUGUGAAAUGAUAGUUUGGUUUGUUUGGGGGGCUUUUUUGUAGCCUUAAGACAAUCUAGGUAAGAUCGUAAAACUCAGCAGUAGAUGAAAUGCAGUGGAAAUGCCAGCCGGGUCACAGAGGAAUGUCUCUAAAGUUUCUCAAAAAAAAACCAAACAAAAACCAAACAACAACAACAACAAACAAAAAAACCCAAACCAAACCAAAAAAAACCACCACAACAACUAACUUUGAUGCUGAAGAAGCCAAGGGAGCACAGCAUGGCUCAUUUCUCUCCUGCUGAAUUGAAUUUUCAUUCACAUGUACUUCUGAAAACUGAUAAGGACUUAUUUAUGGUAUGCAAACUUUGUUUCAAAGAACUGAGAGCAUCGGUAAGACAUACUGAUCACCUUCUAUGCACAGUACUUUCAAGAAAUGUCUGUCAUGCCACGAUCCAUUCUUGGAAAACAUUUCUUUUCCCAGUGUGUGAUAUAACACUCACUAGAGCUUGGAAGCCACUGUGAAGUGGUUUCCACUGUUGUCUCAGUUGAAAAAUGCUUCAAGGGCUUGCAGAAACUCUGCCACUUUUUACUUCAGCCCGUCUGUGCACUUGACACUACGGCACGGUAUAAAGAAAUCACAUCUCCAUUUUCCAUUUCUAUUCUCUCUCCUCAACCCUUGUAUAUUUACAAGUAGUCCAAGAAUCCUAAUUUAUAGAAGUACAACUUGGUUUUCUUCAGGUAAUUCCUAGAGAAAAAUGAAUUUACCUGUUUCCAGACUGACAUUAGGGACAGCAACUCAAACACAGCAUUCCCAUUCUUUACCUCCAGCUAUAUUACUAUGGCCGCCUUUUUUUUUUUUUUUUUUUUUUGGUCUAGAGAGGGUACUUUUUAUUUUCCUUCUAACAUUUAUUUAGGAGUCUGUCUUGAGCUGGUGAGUAGUGAAAGAAGCCUCCAAUAUCUUAUUCUUACAUGCCUUAGUCCCCUAGUCCUAGAGCUGAUUUUAGGGAUUAUGCUGCACUGAUAAUUCUGCGCAUCUGUGGUAGUUUCAAUGCAAGGAUUGCAAAGUGGUGUAACAACCUCAGCACUCAUGAGACAUUAUUAGCUUCUCAAACAGGAGCUUCCCCUUUCUUAAUCAGACACCAAGGCACAGCACAGAUAAAGGGGUAAUGAAACUGUAAAGUGGAGUUUGCACUUUUGUGAUUAAGGCCAUGUUCUAUGUUUUCAGCUACUUGGUUCUUGUUCAAAUGCACUUUUCCAAACUAGAAAUGAAAGCAUGCUAAAUAUCAUUCUCCCGCUGAAGUAAGGGCUGUGGGACUUAGCACAGGUUCCAUCAUACAGGCCAGCAUGAGUCAAAACCAAGUUGCACCGAAGGUAAGAAAAAAUGUGAUAAACAUAGGAGCGCAAACAGUUCAGAGGAACUUAAAGGAGAUAAAUGGAAAAUGUGAAGCUCUACGAUAGCCCAGUAAUGAGUGUGAAAUUCAGGCAAAGAAUUACUGAGUUGAGAAAAGUUGGUGAGGCUUAGAUGGAAUAUGAAGUCUUCCAUCCAUCUCUGUUGUGGAGUUUGCCAUGCCACUUUCUUCUUGGUAGGACUGGUGUAAGAUUGGUUGUAAAACGAACUCAUCUCAAUCUGGUUGAGAAAAACAUUCAAGUGUUGAAGGCUGUUGUUUCACAGAGGCAAGGAACUCUUAAGCUGAAAACAGGUAAUAUAUUUGGCCUGCUAUUAACUAGGAUAUUUGCACCGACAGAUCACAUCAUCUGCUCAUAUGCAAGCCUGUCACCAGUGCUACUUGAUAGAUAUUCAUUCUGGUAACAAUUCUUUCCUAAGCUACCUUUGUUUCCAGAAGCAUUAUGAACUGGAAGCACCCCUGUAUCAUCAUCAUAUCACUGUUGAAAACAGUUAGGAACAGCUGUGCUUUGUUCAGAAAGCACUCUUCUUCUGAGCAAAAGCUCUGUCUCUUCAGAAACGUAGCCUUGGAGAAGUUUCCUGCCCUAUGCUUUCCUUUGCUUCCCUCAUUCCCUGUAUUUAAAGCACAUCCAAGUCAUCCUGCAGGUUCUUGGUCAGUCUGGAAAAGUUGACAACACAGAGUUGGCCCUUCAGUUUACAUUUAUAGCAUUGCUUUGCUGGUCCUUUUUGCUAUUUUGCAAAUCUCAGAUGAAACAGGGUAUUGUUUCUGAAGCCUGUACUGAUUGCAAUCACUGUGAGGGUGUUGCCUGCUUUGCCCCAUUAGUGCUGCCCUGUCAGGUUCCUGUGGACACAAAACAGGCAUCAGCACCACCGCACCCACCGCUCCAACUGGAAUGGCUGUAACAUUCCUCAGCUCUGGAUCACUGUCAGAGAGGGGCUUUGACAGGGUCUGGGGAGUCUUUUGAGGUUUUGUUUUGUUUUUAAACCCUUCCACUCUGAUGGGUCUGGUGAACAGCUUUUAGGUAUCACAAAAAGGCCUUAAGUGGUAAACCCCUUUUGUAUCACUUUGCUGAAGUAAUAAUUGCUUGUAUGAGAUGUCAAGGUGGUCCACAUGAUCAGUGGUGCAAAAAUCUUUCCCAUGAAAGCAUCAUUUGCUGUAACUGAACAACCCUUGAAUGCCUGGGUGACCUGGAUGAAGAACCCAGUGGGAGUGGACCAUCAUGCCGUGCUGUAGGACCACAGUGUGUACAACCUGACCAGAUACACAAAUGGGGGAAGGGAUAAGUGUAAUUUAGGAUCCAAGCUCCUUGGACAAACAGACUUCAUAGUCAAGAUAAUCUCAGAUGUUUUUCUAAGGCAGGGAAGAUGCCAGGCGUAUGCAGUUUGCUCCCAGCCCUGGCAACUCCAUUUCAAAAAUAAAGAAUCUGGCAAAUACUUUCACACUUCAAGUAUUUACAGUGUGCUCUGGACUUCAGAGUAUUUUGACCUGUUUCCAGUAGUUCCCCAUAAAAGCCUAGAAAGUGAAAAGCAAAGCACCAUCCAGAACCUAAACCCGCUGGUGUCAAAGUAACUUUAUGGUCUUGUUCUCAAUCUGUGUCAAGGUAUAUGCAAAACAUGACUGCUGAACAGUUUGCAUGUCUCUAUGAAAUGGAGUUACUCAUUUGAUGGAAAACAGUUUGCAGGUGUUUUGGAGUUUCUUUUCCAACCUGGAUUUUUCUUCUAGUUAUAAGUCUGGCAUUUCAGUACCAAAAUAAAAAAAAUAGCUUGACCCCAUGGUCUGGGGGUGAGAUUAAAGAUAACAAAACUCAGGUUUAAUCCAGAGAUUAAUCUGAUCCUGUGAAGCUAAUCAGCAUGGUCUGACACAAGGAGGCAUUCAAGAGGAACAGUGGGUUUGAGGAGGCAGAGGAAACUUCAGAGGCUGGGUAUGUGGAGGGAGAGGACCCACAUGAUCCCUUCAACUCUCAUCAUUCCAGCAUGUGUGCCCCCCUCCCCUGCUACCUUUGAAUUAAAAAGAAAAGGCUGACGUUUAACACAUACAGUCCUGCACAGCUGCUUUAGCAACAUAAACCCUGCUUUAGCUACAUCCCUGGCCUCACUCUAUGCCUUUCCUUAUACUAUACAUGAUCAGUAGUCAUCAACCUUGGAGUCACAGCACUGCUGCAUGUCAGCACAGCAUGGAAGUAACAGACUGUGGAAGCACCACAGUAGAAACAGGAACAAUGGGGAUUCUGGAAAAGGAAUCUCUCCCUCAAUGUUUUUUUUUCAUUUAUUUUCAAUGUGUGCAACUUACAUUCCAUCAAAUGCAGUGACAGUACCAAACAUGAGGAUGGGCCUUAGCUGGCCAAAGGCUUUCAAGACUACUGGGCUGUGCUCACACCAUCAGCAACUGCAGUUCUGUUGCAAAGUUCCAUAUUCUUUAUAAUUCUAAAGAUUCCUGUUGAAAGCAUAAAUUCCAGAGGUAAACCAUACACUGCAAAUUGCUUUUUUUUUUUCUUUUUUAAAACCUUCUCAGAGCAAUUUUAUAACAGCCAAGUCUUUCAGGAAAUGCAGGUGUGUGACCUCUUUCCAGUAAGAGAUACACAACUGUAUUUCUGCACAGGACAGGGAACUACUUUUGUGACACCGGUUUUGUUCUACACAAAGGCACGCUUGCAAUAAAUUUUUACAAGUUUUGUACACCAUGAGCUAAAUUCUGAGUUCCAAAAAUGUGAAGUGUGGCAACAAUAACAAAAUGGAUUUAUAGUAUCACUCUGAUAUCUUGUCAUGUGAUUUUAUUUAUUCGACAAAGUUUGUUUACAAUCAACAACUUUGAAAUACAGUCAGAUAUAUUACCGGUU